AUGACAGCUAGUCAAGGGCGCUUCACGUCAAACAUAGCAGAUCUGCUCUCACCGGCCUCUUGCGAUAUCUCGAAUGCGUGCAAUGCGUCUGCCUUGGUCAAAGCCCUGAACUACGUAGACAUCAACAUCUAUGCUGACGAUGGUAAGAGGACGGGCACCUGCGUGCGCUACGAAAUCCCCGGCGUGCAGAACUCCAGCUCGACUGGCGGACCUUGCUUCACUGCCUUUGCCACUUACACCAUCCGGAAAAAGGGUGAUCCGACGAAGACAAGGAAAAUUCGAGGUUCCAUCAGUGAGGCUGGGAAGGGUUGCAGCAGCUGCGAGAAUUCAGGAACCAACAUGCAAGGCGGUUUCCAAGUUUCUUUUCCAUGGUUGCAGCCAUACCGUUAG